AUUUUCCAUUCCUUGCAUUGUUUUGAAAUCUUUUAAUUCAUUGGUUUUCCAACUCUUUCACUGCUCUGAAAAAGCUCUCAAGCAUGUCAACAAACACAUCAGAUGAUGAAUCUCAAUCUCAGAGUGCACAUAAUCUGCAGCCAUUAAUUGUUGCAUCCUCUGCAAAGAAAAGAAGAAAUCUCCCCGGAAAUCCAGACCCAGAUGCUGAAGUGGUAGCACUAUCACCAAGAACAUUGUUAGCUACAAAUAGAUAUAUAUGUGAGGUAUGUCACAAAGGAUUUCAGAGAGAUCAGAACCUGCAACUGCACAGGAGAGGACACAACUUGCCAUGGAAACUGAAACAGAGGACAAACACGGAAGCCAAGAAGAAGGUCUAUGUAUGUCCUGAGCCCAGUUGUGUUCACCAUGAUCCAAGCAGAGCAUUGGGAGAUCUUACUGGGAUUAAGAAACACUACUCGAGAAAGCACGGAGAGAAGAAAUGGAAGUGUGACAAGUGUUCGAAGAAGUACGCUGUUCAAUCUGAUUGGAAAGCUCAUGCGAAGAUCUGCGGCACUAAGGAGUAUCGCUGUGAUUGUGGCACCAUUUUCUCGAGGAAAGAUAGCUUUGUGACGCAUAGAGCAUUCUGCGAUGCACUGGCGGAGGAGAACUGCAGAACAAACCAUGGGAUUGCAUCAAUGGUGGGAAGUAUACAAAGCCAAACACAAGAUAUGUUCUCACACUCCAUGGCUGGAUUGCACUCAUCAUCAAGUUCAGAGCAGAGCACACUGUCUCUGAACCCUCUGAUGUCCUCAGGACUUCUUCAGUUGGGAGGAAUGAAUUUGGGGAACUCAUCUGCUUACAUGUCUGCAACUGCUUUGCUGCAAAAGGCUGCAGAAAUGGGAGCUAGAGUUAGUGAUGAUUCCAUCUCUCCAAUACUUCUAAGAGGAUUCACUGGUUAUAAUAAUAUUAUUAAUAAUAACAAUAUAAACUCUAACUCUGCUUACUCUGAAUUGACACAAUUUGUCGAAAAUCAUGGGAGUUGUAUGGUUGGUUUGCAAGGGCAGGUUAAGAGGAAUAAUGGUGAGUUGACAGGGGAGACAAGGGAUGGAAGGAUGACUCAGGAUUUCUUAGGAAUUGGAACUAGAACUACUGCUGGUUCUGUUUCUCAUGGCUAUGUUCAGGACACUGCUGGAUUGAGGUACUCUGAUGAGCAGCAGCAGAAGCAGCAGCAGCAGCAACAGCAUGAUGAAGUGGAGAUGUAUUCUUAUCAUCAUCAGAUGGCACAGAGGACAAAUACAAUGGAGAAACCAAUGUGGGAUUUCUGAAAUGAUGUCUUAGUUCACUGUUUUUUCUUUUUAAUAAUAUUCUCAAUUCUAUUUUUACAUUCCAAUGGCUCAUGAUGGAUUGGAUUUGCAAGUUGAUUUGUUUUCUGCUCAUCUGGAAAAGAAGGCAUUGUUAUGUUUCUUGUUGCCAUAGUCUAUGCUGAUGUUUAAUGA